AUCGUCUUUCUUAUUUGUAGUCUUUUUGCAUUUCUUUUGCAUGCAAAACCAUUAUCAAAAACUCCUUUUUUUCUUUUUCUUUUUUAGCUAUUUGCUUAUUGUAUAAUGGAUAUGUUGAUGGGUAGUGCCUUUUUCUUUUCUGUUUUUUUCUUUUAAAAAAAAUUCUGAUUUAUUGAUUUUAUUUAUUUAUUUAAUGACAGAGUCUUGAUGCUUUCAAAGAAAAAGCUGUUAUUUUUUUAGAUUUAUUACGUAUUGUUGAAACAGUUCAGUUUUAUGUUUGUUUGCAAGUUAUAUGACAAAAUGUUUCUUUUAAGCACCAAUGGAUUUAUAACUUAGAUAAUCUGUUUGUCAGGUAACUUUUUCGCCUAUUGUUAACACCCAUAAAAUGUCAGACAAAUUGUCACUGUUUUUCUUUUUAAGAAAAGUUAUUCUUUUGGUUGUUUCUUGAAUCUUGAUACUUAUUUUCUAAUACAUAUAUAUAUAAAAAGAAUUGGUUCGGUAGAAUAAACUAUAUGAAAUAACACCACGUCAUUGCUAGCGUCCUAUGGCUUUCUUUUGUUCUUGUUUAAUAUUUAAAAAUACUUGCAGAGUUUUUGGUUCUUAACUAAUUCAUUCUGGGUGGAUUUUGAAUAAAACUGCUUGAUAUUGUUGAGAUAAAGAUGGGUUCCGUUUGGCGCUGAGUUGUGAGUGGUGUUUUGUUUGAAAGAAAAAUUAUUGAACUGAUUUUUUUUUCUUGAGAAAAUGGUAUCCAGGACAGUAUUUGAUAAAGAAAGUUUCUAGAAAUCAAAGGCACUUAAUGGCACACAUAAUGAAUGAUAACAGUGAUCCUAAUCCAUUUCCUCUGCUGGGGACUGUGUACGGAAAAGGUUCUGGUGGUAGCUAUGUUAAGCAACUGAGUAUAGAUGCAGCAAACAUCAAUGUGAUAGCUUCACAGAUUGGUACGCGGAGUUCUACUGCUAGCGUGUGGGGAUGUCCUAACUUGAUGCAUAAGCUGCGAAUGCAGUGUAAUGGUAAUUCCAGGACAACUCAAACUGCUGAUUCUAAAAAUUUAUCGAGCUGUGGACAUGAACUGUCCUCUACACAGAACAGAAACCUUGAGCAGGGAUGCAGUGUGGCUGCUUCUCAAGUUGGCUCUACUCCGUUAAAUACUGGGGAGCCGAGAAAGGAGAAGGAUGAAAACCUUCCAAGAUUCCCAGCUGGUGGUGCUGGUCAUGAUAAGAAAAGCAUUGCUUGCAAGAAUGAUGACUACGAUGAUGAUGAUCAAAUUGUGUUUGGCAGCAGUGAUGAUGAUGAUCUACUUGAUUACAAUUCAGAUUUAGUUACAAGUGAAACCAGCAAUCAGAGAUGCAAGAGGAGGAACUGGUUCGAGUCAUUCUUUGAUGAUUUAAAUAAAUUGAAUAUUGAGGAGUUGAACUCAACGGCAAGAAAGUGGCAUUGCCCUGCUUGCAAAGGGGGUCCUGGUGCCAUUGACUGGUACCGAGGACUAGAGCCCCUAAUGCAUCACGCCGUGACAAGAAAGACAAGAAGGGUAAAGCUCCAUCGCGUAUUUGCUGAAUUUUUGAAUGAGGAGACACGGAAGAGGGGAAUGUCAGUCGCACCAGUUGGUGUAGCCUUUGGUAGAUGGCAAGGUCUAAACGAGAGAGUAAAAGAUUAUGAAAUAAUUUGGCCUCCAAUGAUUGUCAUCAUGAACACAAGACAUGAGCAGAAGGAAAAUGGCAAGUGGAUUGGAAUGGGUAACCAGGAGCUUUUGGACCACUUCAAACCAUAUGCUGCAUUGAAGGCCCGGCAUUCAUAUGGUCCCCAAGGGCAUAGGGGCAUGAGUAUGUUGAUUUUUGAUGACUCCACAGCAGGUUAUUUAGAGGCUGCUCGCCUGCAUAAGCAUUUCAAAGAGCAAGGAAGAGACAGGGAAGCCUGGAAAAGUAAUAGAUUUCCUUUCUGUUCCGGCGGGAAGCGCCAACUCUAUGGAUACAUGGCUUCAAAAGAAGAUUUGGAAUUUUUCAACCAGCACUCACAAGGGAGGUCCAAGCUGAAAUUUGAGAUGAGGUCAUACCAAGAGAUGGUUGAGAAAAAAAUAGGGCAAAUAAAUGAGAAUAAUCAGCAGCUUGAGAAGUGUAAGGACAAGAUGGCUAAAGAACAAAAGCAUUUACAAAUUUUAGCUGAAUCAGUAAUCUGGCUGAGUGAGGAAUUGCGCAAGACUACAGAAAAAAACCGCAGUAUGAGACAGCAAAAUAGAUUCCUGCUGGAAGAGAACAAAGAAGAGAUGAAUUCACAAGAACAAUUUUUCAUGGAUCAAAUCAAACUUUUUCAUCAAGCUCUAGAUGCAAAGCAAGGUAAAUUUGAGAAGUUACAACAGGCAAAUCAGGAGAAAGUUGGGCAGCCAAAUGCAAAUCUCUCUGCCAUAAAGGAGACACACAAGACGGAGAACAUUGUAUGUAACGUCAGCCUCGGGGAUAAAGAGAUGGAAAUGGAGAGGGAGAAGCUGAUAAAAAGUCAUGAAGACAAGAAGGCUGUACUUAUAAAGAGAUGUUGUGAGGAGUUGCUUAACUUGGAAAAGGAGUUUGAAAAUGAGCUAACCCAGCUCAUGAGAAAGUACAAAAACAACUCAGAUCACCCUGAGGCCAACAACAGCUAGCCAUCAGUUUUAAACUGAGGAGAGAUAGUAGAGAAGAUACAGAAAAACAGAAUGUGUACAUGCAUACAUUUCUGAACAACACAAAAGGGAGACAAAUUCAUUUUUUUACAAGAAAAUAUAUGAGAUUCCAUAUUGUUCUUUCUUUAUUAUGGAAUCUUUGCAACAAAUGUUAAAUCUUUUUGUUAGUUUUACUUAUUUGGAAUUAGACGAAUGAGUACUUGAAUUUAUGACAACCCAUUUUCCUA